AUGAAAGUGGAGGACCAGACGGUUGUGGGAGGAGGAGGAGGAGGGGGGCUCUGGGGGCUGGCCGGCCGGCCGUGCGACACGUGCGCCGUGGACGCCGCGCGGCUCUACUGCCGGUCCGACGGCGCCUACCUCUGCGCCGGGUGCGACGCGCGUGCGCACGGGGCCGGCUCCCGCCACGCGCGCGUCUGGCUCUGCGAGGUCUGCGAGCACGCGCCCGCCGCCGUCACCUGCCGCGCCGACGCCGCCGCGCUCUGCGCAACGUGCGACGCCGACAUCCACUCCGCCAACCCGCUCGCCAGCCGGCACGAGCGGCUCCCCGUCACGCCUUUCUUGGGCGGGCUCGCCGACCCGCCCCAGCCCGCCCCCUCCCCGUCCUCCGCCGCCGCGACGCAGGAGGACGCGGACGACGACGGGAGCAACGAGGCCGAGGCGGCCUCCUGGCUUCUUCCCGAGCCUGGCGAUAGCCCCGAGGACAGCACCGCCACCUUCUUCGCCGACUCGGACGCGUACCUCGAUCUGGACUUCGUCCGGUCCAUGGACGGGAUCAAGGCCAUCGGGGUACCCGUCGCCCCUUCCAAGCUCGACCUCGCCGGCGGCGCUCUCUUCUACCCCGAACACUCCAUGAACCAGAGCAUGUCAACGUCCGAGGUCGCGGUGGUGCCGGACGCGCUGUCAGCCGGCGGGGCCCCCGCGCCGGCGCCGUCGGUGGCGGUUGUGGCGAGCAAGGGGAAGGAGCGGGAGGCCCGGCUGAUGCGGUACCGGGAGAAGCGCAAGAACCGGCGGUUCCAGAAGACCAUCCGCUACGCGUCCCGCAAGGCGUACGCCGAGACGCGACCGCGCAUCAAGGGCCGGUUCGCCAAGCGCACCGCCGAGGACGACGCGCUGGAGCAGGACGGGCCGUUCUCGCCCGCCUCGUCGGCGCACCUGGCGUCGGAGGGUGACUACGGCGUCGUGCCGUCGUUCUGA